UUCUUAACAGCACUGACGAAUAUCGGCCGGCGGUUGGCGAGCGUGGCCGACAAGGAGCGACGCAACGGCCGCCUCAGGGCCGAGCUGGCGACGUUAGACCUGAACUUACCCGCCAGGGUUUGGUUACCACUUCACCACAGGCCACACUAUGUAUUGAGGAUACCACCGCACGCAGCCGCCGUACUCAACAGUAAGGAUAAGGCGCCAUACAUAAUGUACGUGGAAGUGCUAGAAACAGACGGACAUGAACCCCUGCCGCCGCGUCUGCUCCCCCCAGCGCCGCCUGCGCCGCACUCCCCUCCCAUCAGGCACACCAAGAGCGAGGAGAACCUGGUGCCCGAGUGGCCCGUGCUGUCUCUAUACUCGGCCAUGGACGACGUGGACGCCGGCGACUGCUGGAGUCAUGACGACGAAGAGCUCAGCAUACAGUAUCCGCAUAGAGCGCCGGCGCCUGAUAGCUUGUCACAGGUUAGUGCAUACCUUCUAAGUAUCGGUAGUCACGCUAUUUCCAUCUGCCCUCAUCCUAUCUAUAAGCAUAACAAAGAAAAAAAUCAUGAUUCCUGAGAGGGUUGUGCGCUC